CUUUCUGUAAUUUAUUUUAUAUAAGAAAUUACAUUGAUCAAUUUAUUUGUUUUUUAUUUGGGUGACUGGUAAAUCAAAACCAUCAUCACCAACAUGAAGUUUCUCACAUAAGAAUGGUACUCCAAAUCCAUUGGAUAUUUAAAUGGCACGCCAGUGCUUAUGGGAACCCUGCUUCCUUGUGCAUGCAGCUGCCUCCGCAUCUACAAACUAUUCCAAGAUUGCUUCAUAAGUGAUCCCUGCCUUACUGGUUGAGAAACCUUUGCUUGCUUACAAAUUAUUCCAAUAUUUCCAUUAGAAGGCAACUUUUUCACAUGUUAAGCCCACAUAAAGCUUUCCUAGUUACUUCAUACAAUCCCUUUUCCAUUUUCAUCUAGCAAAGUUACAAUAUGGCUGAGGCUGUCGUUGAAAUUGUGCUUGAGAAAUUGAACUCACUCAUUCAAAAGGAGCUGGGACUAUUUUUGGGUUUCGAUCAAGACAUUAAAAGGAUUGCCAACUUGCUCACUUCAAUCAAGGCUACGCUUGAAGAUGCUGAGGAGAAAAAAUUCUCAAACAGAGAUAUUAAACAUUGGCUGGGAAAGCUAAAAGAUGCAGCUCGUAUCCUGGAUGACAUCUUGGACGAGUGUGGUCCAUCAGACAAGGUACAGAACUCUUACUUGUCCUCUUUUCAUCCAAAGCAUGUUGUUUUCCAUUACAAAAUUGCUAAGAACAUGAAAAUGAUAAGAGAAAAAUUAGAAAAAAUUGCUAAUGAAAGGACUGAGUUUAAUUUGACUGAGAUGGUUCGUGAGAGAAGUGGAGUCAUUGAGUGGAGAAAAACCAGUUCAGUCAUCACUGAACCACACAUCUAUGGAAGAGAAGAAGAUAAGGAUAAAAUUAUAGAAUUUUUGGUUGAUGAUGCUUCUCAUUAUGAGGAUUUAUCUGUCUAUCCAAUUGUUGGUCUAGGGGGGCUUGGAAAGACAACACUUGCCCAACUCAUCUUCAAUCAUGAGAAGGUAGUCCAUCACUUUGAGUUAAGAAUUUGGGUAUGUGUUUCAGAAGAUUUCAGCUUGAGGAGAAUGACAAAAGUUAUCAUCGAAGAAGCAACUGGGCGUGCCCGUGAGGAUAUGGAUCUAGAGCCACAACAAAGAGGACUUCAAGAUCUGCUUCAAAGGAAAAGAUAUUUGCUUGUUUUGGAUGAUGUGUGGGAUGAUAAGCAAGAGAAUUGGCAAAAGUUGAAAUCUUUAUUGGCUUGUGGGGCACCGGGCGCUUCCAUCUUGGUGACUACCCGUCUAUCAAAGGUUGCAGAAAUCAUGGGAACAAUAAAGAUUCCCCAUGAAUUAUCUUUGUUAUCUGACAAUGAUUGUUGGGAAUUGUUUAAGCACCAAGCCUUUGGACCAAAUGAGGUAGAACAUGUAGAACUUGAGGACAUAGGGAAGGAGAUAGUAAAGAAGUGUGGGGGACUACCUCUUGCUGCAAAAGAACUAGGAAGUCUUUUACGCUUCGAAAGAAAGAAAAAUGAGUGGCUCAAUGUUAAGGAAAGAAACCUUUUGGAGUUAUCACACAAUGGAAACUCCAUAAUGGCUUCCCUGAGAUUGAGUUACUUGAAUUUACCAAUUAGACUCAGACAGUGUUUUGCUUAUUGUGCAAUAUUUCCCAAACACGAACAAAUAUGGAAGCAACAAUUAGUUGAACUAUGGAUGGCUAAUGGGCUCAUUUCAUCCAAUGAAAGAUUAGAUUUCGAAGAUGUUGGUGAUGGUAUAUGGAAUGAACUAUAUUGGAGAUCAUUUUUUCAGGAUAUUAAGAAAGAUGAAUUUGGCAAAGUUACAAGUUUCAAGUUGCAUGGUCUUGUUCAUGAUCUUGCACAAUCUGUCACAGAAGAUGUUAGUUGCAUCACAGAUGACAAUGGUGGAACUGUUUUGAUCGAAAAAAUUCACCAUCUUUCAAAUCAUAGGUCAAGGUCUGAUUCAAUCCACUUGCAUCAAGUGGAAUCUUUGAGGACUUAUCUAUUGCCACAUCAACAUGGUGGUGCACUUUCUCCUGAUGUAUUGAAAUGUUCUUCUUUGCGGAUGCUUCACUUAGGACAAAGGGAAGAAUUGUCAUCUUCAAUUGGCGAUUUAAAACAUCUAAGGUACUUGAAUCUUUCUGGGGGUGAGUUUGAAACUCUUCCAGAAUCACUAUGUAAAUUGUGGAAUUUACAGAUAUUGAAAUUAGACAACUGUCGCAAUCUCAAAAUAUUGCCAAACAGUUUGAUACUCUUAAAAUAUCUACAACAGUUAUCUUUGAAGGAUUGCUACAAACUAUUAAGCUUGCCUCCUCAGAUUGGCAAGUUAACUUCCCUAAGGAGUUUAACUAAGUACUUUGUUAGCAAGGAAAAAGGGUUCUUUUUGGCAGAAUUGGGAGCAUUGAAGCUUAAAGGAGAUCUUGAGAUCAAGCAUUUGGGGAAAGUGAAAAGUGUAAAGGAUGUCAAAGAAGCCAAUAUGUCAAUUAAACCACUGAAUAAGUUGAAAUUGUCAUGGGACAAAUAUGAUGAAGAGUGGGAAAUACAAGAAAAUGUUAAGGAGAUUCUUGAAGGGCUUUGCCCUGACACCCAACAACUUCAGAGUUUGUGGGUGGGAGGAUAUAAAGGUGAUUAUUUUCCACAAUGGAUAUUUAGUCCUUCUCUCAUGUAUUUAAGGAUUGAAGGAUGCAGAGAUGUAAAAGCUUUGGAUGAGGCUUUACAACAUAUGACUGUCCUGCACUCGUUAUCCUUAUACUAUCUUAGAAACCUAGAAUCCUUGCCUGAUUGUCUUGGAGACCUUCCCUUGCUUCGCGAAUUGGCUAUUGCUUUCUGUUCCAAGUUGAGGAGACUUCCAACCAGCCUACGCCUUCAAACUCUAAAAACGCUGAGGAUUUGGGGUUGCCCUGACUUAGAGAUGGAAACAAGACAUGACUCGUCAAAAGUAGCUCACUUUCCAGAAAUUAGAGUCAACGGUUAUCUUAUAAAAGUUUAAUUCAGGCUAAAUUGGUGCUGGCCUUGUGAACCCCCAAAGGAAUGGAAAAAGAACGCAAAAAAGGUUGAAAUUAGCUCCAGGCACGGAAGCACUACCCUUGCGUGGGGCAUGCAUAAUGGCCAACACUCUGAACUUUAAGAAUGGGCCGUGCUUACUCACUGAAAAGGUCCAUUAGCCUAUAAAUAACUUAGAUUUUAUUUGUAAAUGACCUUUUUUAAAAAAAAAUUACAAAUUCAAUCUUUUAUUUUGAGUAUUUGGGAAUUCUUGAGGAGACUACCGGUAAUUAUUGUAAUGAUUUAUUUCCCUAAUGUAUCUAUUAUUUUCUUUAUGUUGUUUAUGCUUUCCAAUAUCCAUGGUUAGCUAAACUCUUAUAUGCUAGAGUUGUGAAUUGUGAUGUAGGACUUAUUUAUGAAUCCUAUCCCUUCUAUUGAAAUAAAAUUCCCAAUUGUUUAUCAAUUAUAUAUGU